ACUGUUCUCUACUGGGUCUAUACAUUGUGGUCCUAUCUCUCUUACAAGGUUUGUCAUUUUCUCAAACCAAGCUGCAGAUACACCCCCAAUGGAGGAACAGCUGCAGCAACUUCCUCUGCUUCUUCUACUCCUCCUCCUCAUCCUUCUUCCUGUACUGCAGCUCUGUCGUUUAUUGGUUCCUUUGCAAAUGUCAAAUCCUGAGUUCUUCUCCUUGUGAUCUUUUAGAAUCUGUGCAUAUCUUAAAUUCAGAGAAGGAAGUUAAACGCACCUCUAAAAUGGAGCAGUAUGAAAUCCUUGAGCAGAUUGGGAAGGGAGCUUUUGGUUCAGCUCUUCUCGUGAGGCAUAAGCAUGAAAAGAAGAAGUAUGUUUUGAAAAAAAUUCGUCUUGCCCGCCAAACUGAUAGGUCUCGUAGAUCUGCACAUCAGGAGAUGGAGCUUAUUUCUAAAAUGCGAAAUCCAUUUAUUGUGGAGUACAAGGAUUCUUGGGUAGAAAAGGGUUGCUAUGUAUGCAUUGUUAUAGGUUACUGUGAAGGAGGAGACAUGGCUGAAGCUAUCAAGAAAGCAAAUGGCAUGCUUUUUCCUGAAGAGAAGCUUUGCAAGUGGCUCGUACAACUCCUCAUGGCACUUGACUAUUUGCACAUGAGUCACAUUCUUCAUCGUGAUGUCAAGUGUUCAAAUAUAUUCUUGACAAAAGAUCAAGACAUCCGUCUUGGUGAUUUUGGACUUGCCAAAAUUUUGACUUCUGAUGACCUUGCAUCCUCUGUUGUUGGAACUCCCAGCUAUAUGUGUCCUGAGCUGCUUGCUGACAUACCUUAUGGCUCUAAGUCAGAUAUUUGGUCUUUGGGAUGUUGUAUAUAUGAAAUGACUUCUCUCAAGCCUGCAUUUAAAGCAUUUGACAUGCAAGCACUGAUAAACAAAAUCAAUAAAUCAAUAGUUGCUCCACUUCCAACAAAAUACUCUGGUGCCUUUCGAAGUCUUGUUAAAAGCAUGCUGCGGAAGAAUCCUGAGCUUCGGCCAAGUGCAAAUGAACUGCUCCGCCAUUCACAUCUCCAGCCUUACAUGCUUAAAGUUCAACUUAAGAUCAAUAAUCCAAGACGAAAUACUUUACCAUUUCGCUGGCCUGACACUGAUAAUAUAAAGAAAACUAGAUUCUCAGAACCAGUAGAAAUCAAUUUCUCUACUUACAAGGAUAAGCGUCGAUCGUCUACCAAUGACAGAACUUUGAACCCGAGUAUAUCUGGAGCUGAGCAAGACUCUUUUAGUUCUACCGGAGGAAUUCACAAUGGUUUGCGAGGUUAUCUGACUCCAAGACUAGAAGAUUUAUCCAUUGAGAGCAGCAAUGAAGGAACUGUCAUUUGCAAGCCAAUUUCUUCAAAGACUUUUAGCAUUGCCAAGACUAAGAGACACUCUCUACCAAAAGCUUCUGCAGCUCCCAGGAGGCAGAUGGAGCCCUUGAGAAAACAUGGAACGCUUCCUGUUUUGCACACUGCAACAAAAAAUUCUCUUCCCACAAGUCGGAGAGCAUCUUUGCCCCUACCAACAAAAGCUGGAGUUCGAGAACCCGUGACUAGGUCUAAUGCUGGUAUCCUUCACGGUAUACAAUCUCCAGAUAUUUCUGUCAACGCUCCUAGGAUUGACAAAAUAGCAGAAUUCCCAUUAGCUUCAUAUGAGGAAUCGUUUUUCCCCAUUCCCAUACGUAGAGCUUCAUCAAUCUCAGGACAAGGCUCCUCUGGUACACUGCAGUUUGUGGACAGAUCAAUCACAAAGGACAAAUGUACAGUUGAAAAACAUGAACAAGCUUCUGCCAAGCUCAGCUUUGCUGAUGCAUGGCAGGGAAUUGACCGCAGCAUGUUCCUGGAGGCAGAUGGAGGGGACGGAAGCGAAACCUCUGAUCAAAAUGCUACUGCCGGGGCAUCAUCCCGCACAUCCUCAGACACAAGAAGGCGCAGGUUCGAUACCUCAUCGUACCAGCAGCGUGCAGAGGCCCUGGAAGGUUUGCUUGAAUUCAGUGCAAGGUUGCUGCAGCAAGAAAGGUAUGACGAGCUUAAUGUGCUACUAAAGCCAUUUGGCCCUGGAAAGGUCUCUCCCAGGGAAACUGCAAUAUGGUUAACCAAGAGCUUCAAGGAGAACACUGUGAAGCAAGAAGAUUAAUACUGAAGAACACCUGCUAUGUGUACCAUAUUUGUAGCCAUAAACAAGAUUUUAGAACUCAGGCACAUCGGGUUUUAGUCAAUGAUUCUUGAAGAGACUAGGCACCUAGGCAAUCAAGGCAAAUGCUGAUUCUUAGUUUCUAGUUUAAUUUUCAUCAACCCUUUAACAUUCCCACUAUGUAUCAAUAGUACUGACUUUCUUCCUAGUGGAUGAUAAUGAUGAUGUUUACUUUACUACUUAAAAUAGAUGGAACAAUCUUUU